UAAUAACAAGUUCAUUCUUCUGACAAUUCUCCAAUGUCACAGAUAACCGGCUCUUGCUGGUACUUACUAGCCAUUGAACGUAAUGACACCUGCUGGAAGAAUGCUUGUAAAGCAGUUGAAGGGUGCAGUACACAUUUCUUGUACUGUGCGAAUUCGAACAAGCAUCUGCCAGGGUAUGACAGUUGGAGAAAUGUUAGCGAAACUGUUCUGAAAAGUCAGUGCUAUGUGGAGGAUGGUUCCUCAGAAUUUAGCUAUGGCAUCUUCUCUCAAGCUAUAGAGUCUGAUAUUGUUGCUUCCAUAGAAGUUUUUCCUAAGUUCUGUUACUGUUUAUGGUGGGGACUUCAAAACUUGAGUACACUUGGUCAGGGGCUUCUAACCAGUACAUACCCUGCAGAGGUUAUGUUUUCCAUAGUAAUAGCUAUCGCGGGGCUUAUCCUUUUUGCUCUUCUGAUCGGAAACAUGCAGACCUACCUUCAAUCAAUGUCAGUUCGCCUUGAGGAAAUGAGGAUCAAAAGACGUGACUCUGAGCAAUGGAUGCAUCAUCGUUUGCUUCCUCCAGAGCUAAGGGAAAGAGUGAGACGAUAUGACCAAUACAAGUGGCUGAACACCCGUGGAGUAGAUGAAGAGAGCAUAGUUCAGAGUCUUCCAAAAGAUCUCAGGAGAGAUAUCAAACGGCAUCUUUGUUUGAAUUUAGUCAGAAGGGUUCCUCUCUUUGCCAACAUGGAUGAACGUUUGCUUGAUGCUAUAUGUGAGCGAUUGAAGCCUAGUUUAUAUACAGAGGGAACUUACAUAGUGAGGGAAGGGGACCCAGUUAAUGAGAUGCACUUCAUCAUACGUGGGCGUCUAGAGAGUGUCACCACAGAUGGUGGAAGAAGUGGGUUCUUCAACAGAGGUCUUCUGAAGGAAAAUGACUUCUGUGGAGAGGAGCUACUAACGUGGGCAUUGGACCCCAAAUCUGGUUCUAACUUGCCAUCAUCAACAAGAACUGUGAAGGCUAUAAAUGAGGUGGAGGCAUUUGCUUUGGAAGCAGAGGAGUUAAAGUUUGUUGCUUCCCAGUUUAGGCACAUCCACAGCAGACAGGUUCAGCACACCUUCCGUUUCUAUUCACAGCAGUGGAGAACGUGGGCUGCUAUCUACAUUCAAGCUGCAUGGAGGCGGCAUUGCAGGAGGAAGAUAGCAGAACAGCGCAGGAGGGAGGAAGAAGAAUUAUAUGACUCUGAUUAUGACAACAGUGACGAUUCUGCAAAAGCCUUGGUCAAGCAUCCUGAAAAGUCUGCUUUUCCCUCUUCUAACCUUGGACUUGCUACAACCGUCUAUGCAUCUCGCUUUGCUGCAAAUGCACUUCGUGGUCAUAGGCGUCGUGAUUCAAGUUCCAAGGACAUACUCAAACUCCAAAAGCCCCCAGAACCUGACUUCAGUGAUUAUGAUGAAAACUGAUCCUCCUCCCCUUGCAGUUCAACUUGACUUGCAAGAUAUGCAUUCAUCAGCUGAUAUCACUAACGGUGUUAGCUUAUGAGGUUCGACAAAUUUUUGUUUGGGUAACCUAGAACAUGAGUCUAUGUUUGUGUAAUUUCUA